UCUGUCAGGCGGCUCGACGUACCCUAAUGUUUUCCUCUUAUCUCAUGAAAGGUGUAUUAAUCUUGUUCCCAGUGUGCCUCGCUCACCUGUGCAUGGCUAAAUUAUAAAUGAGAAUUGUGUGAACUAGAUUGUUUAUCAUGGUCAUCUCUGCUUUUUCAGGCAGACCAGCUCUUGGGGAACGUGGAUGAGAUGUGGGUGGACCGCAUGGACAACAUCACCCAGUCUGAGAGGAGAAAGCUUUCUGCCCUGGUGCUCAUGUCGCUUUUACCUUCUGACAACAGCGUGAUCCAGGACAAGUUCUGUUGGAUCAUUAACAUCAGCGUGAAAGCGCUGCACGAUGUCAUGACGGAAGACCCUGAGAUGGCUACCUUCAAGGACUGCAUGUUGAUGAGCCACUCCAAAGAGCCAAAGCUGACAGAUGAUGAGGAACCCCCAACAGAACAGGACAAGAGGAGAAAACUGAUUGUUGUGGUUCUUCCCUGUGUUCCGUUCUGUUCCCCUGGCUGUGUUGGAUCGUGGAUUCCCCCAUUGUUCUUCGUCGAGUCUUCUUGUUCCCUGCACCGGAAUCAUGAGCACCGUCACUGGGAUUACAGCACUGGAUCACCGAGGAUCAUCACUGUUGUCCACUGGGGUCCCUGCGUCACACACUAUCUGAGCUUGUGAUUGUCACCACUCUCCCCUGUGUGUAGAUAGAUAGAUAAAUAUUGCAUUUUUGAGAAUCGAAAAUAG